GGCUGCGGCCCCUAAACUGGGCCCAGGAGCGGCCACUGCGCACACUGCCGGGACGCCAGGGUCCCUAGGUAGACUCUCACUACCCUCGAGACCCUCGAGACUGGGAUCUCUGAGGACAUCUCGGUCCUGAACUGGCAGAGGCCGCGCGGGCUGCGCCCUCGCGGGACUGACUGGCCACUUUGUAGGAAUUAGAGCCUCCUAAGUCAAGGGUCGGACGCUACUAGCUGGAGUUUGCUGGACACUCCAUCCCAUCUCCCAACGCAGACUUCCCAUUCCUUGAAUUCUCUUGGGGCAGCCGUUUAAGGCUCCUCAGACUCGGAGGACUGAAGGACCCCAGGCCACCUUCCUUCUUUGAUGGAGCACCGCCUCCCCCGUUUCUGGGGCACCUUGGGGUGUGGCCUUGGUGAGUGAAACUUGGGGUACUGCCUGCUGGGAAGGAAAUCCGGAAACAGGACACUGGUGGUGACUCAGGCCUCAUCAGACCCUGAGACGCUUGAAAAUCUUAUGUGGGGAGUGAGGGGGUGGGGGAUGAAUAUGGUUUGGCUGUGCCUCUCUUCUUUACCCCCAAACUGAAAAGGAGACAGGCCACUUGAGGCUGCAUGAGCCUUCAGCGAAGUGGGGAGCUCCGUUUGAACUCAGAGUAGGAGGACAUCACUAAGCAGAUACCUGUACUGAACCCAGAUUCUGGCUUCUGAGGUGAGCCUGAGAGCCUAAGCAGUGCCAGGAAGUAGCCCCAGAUUUGGGGCUCAUACGCCACAGCUAUGUUCCUGCAAAGGCUAGGUGGCUGGUUACCUCGCCUUUGGGGCCGCCGGAAACCAGCGAAGCCUGACCCGCCUGCUCCAGAUCCCAGAUGGGUGGACAACUCCCCUGAGAAUUCAGGGAGUGACUGGGACAGUGCCCCAGAAACCAUGGAUGAUAUGGGGCCUCCCAAGACAAAGGACUCAGGGACACUGAGGAGCUCCAGGGCUGCUCCAGAACCAAGCAGUGAGUCCCCAGUUGAGCAACUGAGGAACAAAAGACUGGAUUCCCUCAAGUGGAACAAGACUGUCUCUAGCAGCCAAGAGUCUGGUAGACUGGAGAGUGGGGGAGCCGCCAUUCCAAAACUGGGAUGGGAUCCUGUGGAUUCAGGUAGCACCAGGAGACCGGUGGUGUCCUCUGAAGGGGCACUGGACGCCUCUGAGCAAGAAGUGCCAGUGGAAAAACCUGGCCGGCGGCAGAAGCUGCUGGGCUGGUUGCGGGGGGAUCCUGGGGCUGCCCCACUGUACCUGGGAGGCCCAGAGGAGUGUCUGCAGAUCUCCACCAACCUGACCCUGCACCUGCUGGAGCUGCUGGCCUCAGCCCUGUUGGCACUGUGUUCUCGGCCGCUUCGAGCAGCCUUGGAUGCAUUGGGCCUUCGAGGACCACUGGGCCUCUGGCUACAUGGGCUGCUGUCCUUCCUGGCUGCUCUACAUGGGCUCCAUGCUGUGCUGAGCUUACUUACCGCCCACCCCCUGCACUUUGCCUGCCUCUUUGGCCUCCUGCAGGCCCUGGUACUGGCUGUCAGCCUUAGGGAGCCCAGUGGGGAUGAGGAGGCCACUGAGGGAGGCAAGGAUUUGGGGAAGGAGGCUGAGGAGCAGAGGGGAGGCCCAGGAAAGGGGCUGUGACCAUAGGAUGGAGUGGGGGCAAAGGGUGAAGAUAGCAUGGCCUUGAGGAUAGUGUGGCCUUGAGGACAGUGAGGAGACCCAGAUUGUAAGCACAGGGACCUCAGGGAUAGGAAGAAACCCCAGAGUUUGAGGGUAGGGCCCCCGUCCAUACUCAGAGCUUUUUAGGGUGUCUAUGGACAGUGAGGCAUAACUGUCCCAGCUUGGAUUCACCAGCUAUUGUUUUUACAUUUCUCUCACCUAUGAUUUUUUAUUUCCAUCUUCAGUUUUUUUUUUUUACCUACACUUUUUAAAAGGAAAAUUAAAAAAAAAAAAAGAAGUGUAAUGGUGGAGAAAAAAGACUAAAGGGUCUUUUCUACCUUUCCAAACUCCAAGGGUGGAAGAGACCAGAGGCAGGGCAGAUAUCUCUGCAUUAAGUGGGUAACUGGGAGACCAAAGGUGUCCCUUGGAUCUUGGAACCUGAGCCAUCUAAGGAAGAGUGGGGCUGCUAGAUGAGCAGAUUAAGGAUUCAUAUGUGAGAGAGGGCCUGCAGCAAGGAUCUGGUACUUAGGGAAACCAGUGGGAGUGGAGAUCAUGCAGGUAGUAUAGGCUGGAGGGCCAGCUUAGAAAGACUGGCAGUUCAGACAGGUGGCCGGGGGGGCACUGGGGCUUACUGUCCCCACUCAGAAGCUAGGGUUUGCUCACUCAGCAAUAAAUGUGUCACACUAAAUC